GCUCCGUGUCGGUAACGGUGACGUGUCUCUCCCUCCUCCUCCAGGCGGCUCAGUCAGUCAGUCAUUGAGCUUCACUCCGAGCUGAUUUUCACUGGGGGGAAAUAAGGAUAUACGUCCAUCGUUGAGACAUCAUGGGCAUUAAAUUCUUGGAGGUGAUAAAGCCCUUCUGUGCGGUGCUGCCAGAGAUCCAGAAACCUGAGAGAAAGAUCCAGUUCAAAGAAAAGGUGCUAUGGACUGCAAUCACCCUCUUUAUCUUUCUUGUGUGUUGCCAGAUUCCCCUCUUUGGCAUCAUGUCAUCAGACUCAGCAGAUCCAUUCUACUGGAUGAGAGUCAUUCUGGCUUCAAAUAGAGGUACUCUGAUGGAGCUGGGUAUCUCGCCUAUCGUCACCUCAGGCCUGAUAAUGCAGCUGCUGGCCGGAGCUAAGAUCAUUGAGGUUGGAGACACCCCGAAGGACAGAGCACUCUUUAAUGGAGCUCAGAAAUUGUUUGGGAUGAUCAUCACCAUCGGCCAGGCCAUCGUUUAUGUGAUGACUGGCAUGUAUGGAGACCCGUCGGAGAUGGGUGCUGGAAUCUGUCUGCUGAUCAUCAUUCAGCUUUUUGUAGCCGGGCUGAUCGUGCUGCUCCUGGAUGAAUUGCUCCAAAAGGGCUACGGGCUCGGGUCAGGAAUCUCCCUCUUCAUCGCCACCAACAUCUGUGAGACCAUCGUCUGGAAGGCCUUUAGUCCCACCACUGUGAACACAGGGAGAGGCACAGAGUUCGAGGGAGCAGUCAUUGCUCUUUUUCACCUGAUCGCCACCAGGACGGACAAAGUGCGCGCGCUGAGGGAGGCCUUCUACAGGCAGAACCUCCCCAACCUCAUGAACCUCAUCGCUACAGUGUUCGUUUUUGCUGUGGUGAUAUACUUUCAGGGAUUCAGAGUGGACCUGCCCAUCAAGUCGGCUCGCUACCGUGGCCAAUACAACACGUACCCCAUCAAGCUUUUCUACACCUCCAACAUUCCCAUCAUCCUGCAGUCGGCUUUGGUCUCCAACCUGUACGUCAUCUCCCAGAUGCUUUCCACGCGCUUCAGCGGCAACUUCCUGGUUAAUCUGCUUGGGACAUGGUCUGACGCAACAUCAGGCGGCCCAGCCCGUGCCUAUCCAGUCGGAGGACUCUGCUACUACCUCUCUCCUCCCGAGUCCUUUGGUUCUGUGCUCGAGGACCCGGUCCACGCACUCAUUUACAUCUUCUUCAUGCUCGGCUCAUGCGCCUUUUUCUCCAAAACCUGGAUUGAAGUCUCCGGCUCUUCUGCAAAAGACGUGGCGAAGCAGCUGAAGGAGCAGCAGAUGGUGAUGAGAGGACACAGAGAAACCUCAAUGGUUCAUGAACUCAACAGGUACAUUCCAACCGCUGCUGCCUUUGGUGGACUUUGCAUCGGUGGUUUAUCGGUGAUGGCGGACUUCCUCGGCGCCAUCGGCUCUGGCACCGGCAUCCUGCUGGCUGUCACAAUCAUCUAUCAGUACUUUGAGAUCUUUGUGAAGGAACAAAGCGAAGUUGGCAGCAUGUCGAGCAUGUUCUUCUAAGAAAGCUGCUAUGCUGCCAUCUUCUGCCAGAUUUUAUUAGGCUGUUCUCUGUUGGGUUUAUUUUAUUAAGUUU